AUGGCACAGGUUAGCAAAAUCUGCAGUGGAACACAAAAAACAUGUGUUUUGCCCAAUGUCUUAAAAUUCCAGAAGCCCAAAUCUGUUCCUUCAGUUUCAUUCAGAUCAAAUCUCAAAGGAAGUUUUUCAAGUUCUUGGGGUUUGAUUAUGGAGAGCAGUGACAAGUUGGGAACAAUAAGGGUUGGACCGUUGAAGGUUUCUGCUUCAACGGUAACAGCACAGAAGCCAUCCAGAGCAUCAGAAAUCGUGCUUCAACCAAUUAAUGAAAUUUCGGGUACGGUUAAGUUACCCGGGUCCAAAUCACUAUCCAAUCGAAUUCUGCUUCUAGCUGCUCUAUCGGAGGGAACUACUGUGGUAGACAAUUUGUUGAACAGUGAUGAUGUUCAUCACAUGCUUGUCGCUUUGGGAAAACUUGGGCUACGUGUGGAACAUGACGAUGAAAAGAAACGAGCCAUUGUGGAAGGUUGCGGUGGUCAAUUUCCAGUAGGCAAAGGGGAAGGUCAGGAAAUUGAGCUUUUCCUUGGGAAUGCUGGAACUGCGAUGCGACCUCUUACUGCUGCUGUUACGGCUGCAGGUGGCAAUUCAAGCUACAUACUUGAUGGUGUACCCCGAAUGAGAGAGAGACCAAUUGGAGACUUAGUUACUGGCCUUAAGCAGUUGGGUGCCGAUGUUGAUUGUACUCUUGGCACAGAUUGUCCCCCUGUUCAUAUAAAUGGAAAGGGUGGUCUCCCUGGGGGAAAGGUGAAGCUCUCUGGAUCAAUCAGUAGUCAAUACUUGACUGCUUUGCUCAUGGCAGCUCCAAUGGCUCUUGGUGAUGUGGAAAUUGAGAUAAUUGAUAAAUUGAUUUCAAUCCCAUAUGUUGAAAUGACUAUAAAGUUGAUGGAAAGGUUUGGAGUCAUUGUAGAUCACACUGACAGCUGGGAUCAAUUUUUUAUCCGAGGAGGUCAAAAGUACAAGUCUCCUGGAAAUGCUUAUGUUGAAGGUGAUGCUUCAAGUGCUAGUUACUUCCUUGCUGGUGCAGCUGUCACUGGUGGGACUGUCACAGUAGAAGGAUGCGGUACAAGUAGUUUACAGGGUGAUGUAAAAUUUGCUGAGGUUCUUGAGAAGAUGGGUGCCAAAGUCACCUGGACUGAGAACAACGUCACUGUUAUUGGACCCCCAAGAAAUUCUUCUGGGAGGAAACACUUACGUGCUAUUGAUAUCAACAUGAACAAAAUGCCAGAUGUUGCCAUGACUCUCGCUGUUGUUGCUCUUUAUGCUGAUGGUCCAACGGCUAUAAGAGAUGUGGCAAGUUGGAGGGUGAAAGAGACUGAAAGGAUGAUUGCUAUAUGCACAGAACUCAGGAAGCUCGGAGCAACAGUUGAAGAAGGGCCAGAUUAUUGUGUGAUCACUCCACCGGAGAAAUUAAAUGUGACAGCAAUUGAUACUUACGAUGAUCACCGAAUGGCCAUGGCAUUCUCACUUGCCGCCUGUGCUGAUGUUCCAGUUACCAUCAAGGAUCCUGGUUGUACAAGGAAAACCUUCCCCGACUACUUUGAAGUUCUCGAGAGGGUUACAAAGCAUUGA